GUGCGCCUGCGCGGAGCCCGUGGCCGCGCCUGCUCGCGCCGGGCGCUGGUCGCUCCCGGCGGCCAUGGGGGAGGCCGAGGUGGGCGGCGGGGGCGCCCCGGGCGACAAGGGCCCGGGGGAGGCGGCCACCAGCCCGGCGGAGGAGACGGUGGUGUGGAGCCCCGAGGUGGAGGUGUGCCUCUUCCACGCCAUGCUGGGCCACAAGCCCGUCGGGGUAAACCGACACUUCCACAUGAUUUGUAUCCGGGACAAAUUCAGCCAGAAUAUUGGGCGGCAGGUCCCAUCCAAGGUCAUCUGGGACCAUCUGAGCACCAUGUACGACAUGCAGGCACUGGAAGCCACAGGGGUAAGCUGGCCAGUGUGUGUCGGCAGGACUACAGCUUUCUCAGGGCGCUGCAGUGGCAUGGGCCCCUUCUUUCCCUUGGCUGCCUGUGGAGCCUGUGCCCACCUGUCCUUCCCUGGUCUGUUUGCCAACCCAGAUUGUGCUGGAUUCUGCCGGCAAAAAGAAAGAAGGCACGAGUCUGAGAUUCUUCCAUUCCCAAAUCCAGAGAGGAAUUUCGUCCUUCCAGAAGAGAUCAUUCAGGAAGUCCGAGAAGGAAAAGUGGUCAUUGAAGAGGAAAUGAAAGAGGAGAUGAAGGAAGACGUGGACCCCCACGGUGGGGCUGACGACGUUUUUUCAUCUUCAGGGAGCUUGGGGAAAUCAACAGAAAAACCCAGCAAAGACAAAGAGAAGAGCUCCUCAGACUUGGGGUGUAAAGACGGGGCGGACAAGCGGAAGCGCAGCCGGGUCACUGACAAAGUUCUGACCGCAAACAGUAACCCCUCCAGCCCCAGCGCUGCCAAGCGGCGCCGAACAUAGACACCGCGGCCAAGCAGCAGAGUCAUCUGAGCUGCAAGCCCUACUGCCUGCCCUCAGGCCCCUGGGUAAACGUGGCCAUCUGCAGGGAAGCUGUGGAGGCUCCCACCAUGUUGUCAGACCACCAGGGUCCCUGGGGGGCCCCAAAGACCAGGACCAACCCUCUUGGACGUUGAGGCCACCAAGUCCACGUCUGUCUUCUCCGGGGUUAGCUCCACCUGUGCCGCAUUGCGUGGAGGAGAGCAAGGGCGAGGGGCCAGGAGAAGGCUGCGAAUUAGCAAGCAAUAACACGGUCUCCACUCUGUCAUCAGAAAGGCCAUAGUGCUAGCCUUCCCCGGGACCUGCUCUGCGUUUACUUGUCCCUCAGAACCUCUCUUUGGCCCCACAGAGGCAUCAGGAGCGUGUGGCCCAAGUCACCACAUGCCCCACUCCCUACCUGGGAGACUAAGAACUGGAUGUUUUUCUCAUUCACUUGUACUGUAACGAUGUAUAUAAUUUGGUUGAUAUUUCACUAUUUAAUUUUUAAGAAGCCUAUUUUACUAGUGUUUUAUAUGAGAAAAAAUACUGCAGAAGUUAAACCUGUGUUGUAUUUUUUCUGAGAUGUUUUGUUUUUAGGUAACAACUACUGAGAUACUUUUUGCUCAGUUUUUAUAUACCAGAUACAGAGAAUUUAUAGUGGUUAUUUUUGUAAUUCUAGCAACUUGCAAAAAGACCAAAUGAGGGACUGGAGGGGAAGACACACCUUUGGGCUGGUGAGGCGGUGGCCUCAGUGUUGGUUGAAGUAUGCUUUCAUUUGACUACAGAACAUUAAAGCACAAAACGUCAA